UGUGACGCGCGCCUGCCGUGCACUUGCAUUGAGCGAGCGCCGCUGACGCCGCCGGGGGAAGAUGGCGACGGGGACGGAUGCCGGAAGUUUAAGCAGCGAAAAUGGAGUGACUAAGCGACGCUCCUCAAAGCACAAUGACAACGGGACUAAAGUAAUGGACACCAAGGCCGUGUUCUCGGCCCUGUACUCCGUGUGUGAGGAAAACAUCACCUUCUUCGCCGGGGGCCCCAAGGGCCCACAGGGGGAUGCUGCCCGGCGGCUGGUAAAGGCCCUGACCCUUAUUGAGGAGCACGCCCGCAGCCUGGAGCCCGUCGUCUCCGGCUUCGCCGCCAUCUACCAUCACUUUGACCUCGAUCCCCAGACUCCUGCCAAUGGCUACCGUUCUUUGGUCAAGGUGGUACGCUCUUGCCUUCUCCACAUCAUCCACAAGGGGCGCUAUAUCUCCUCCAGCCGGCGCAGCAUCUUCUUCCGGGCGGCGCACAACGCGGGCGAGAUGGAGGCUUACUGCAGCGCCCUGUGCCAGCUGCGGGCCCUGAUGUACUUGGCCCAGCGCCUGCUACAUGACAACGGCCACGGCAACCUCUUCUUCCAGGAGGAGAGUGGCCUGAGCCAGAGUUUUGUGCGCGAGUAUGCCUCCAUGCACAAGGGCUGCUUCUAUGGCCGCUGCCUGGGCUUCCAGUUCACUCCGGCGAUACGGCCCUUCCUGCAGACCAUUGCCAUCGGCCUGGUGUCUUUCGGGGAGAACUACAAGCGGCACCAGUCUGGAAUAGUGGAGCCGGGCACUCCUCCAUAUGGGGUGGCUGCCAGCUCCUUCUUCACCUCCGGAAAGUAUGCCAUUGACCCGGAGCUACGCGGGGCUGAGUUUGAGCGAAUAACGCAAAACCUGGACGUGCACUUCUGGAAGUCCUUCUGGAACAUCACAGAGAUGGAGGUCUUGUCGAGCCUGGCCAGCAUGACCUCCACCCAGGUGCGUGUGAACCGCACCCUGUCCGUCCCCCCUGACCCCUUCGACCUGCCGCACGUGUCAGACCCCCUCAUCUCGGUCACCGUGAGCCCCCCGGCGGCGCACUGUGGCCCUGCACCCAUUCAGAUGCGGCUCAUUUCACACGAGUUACGGGAGGGGCAGGACAGCGAGGAGCUGCUGGCCAUCUCCCGCUCAGAGGGGCUCUCGCUGGGCCUAAGGGCCCAGCCCAGCCCCCCCUCCCCCUGGCUGCUGGUUCACUACCAUGGUGGGGGUUUCGUGGCACAGACCUCCAAGUCACACGAGCCAUACCUAAAAAGCUGGUCCCAGGAACUGGGUCUGCCCAUCCUGUCGGUGGAUUACUCCCUGGCCCCCGAGGCCCCCUUCCCCCGAGCCCUGGAGGAGUGCUUCUACGGCUACUGCUGGGCUCUCAAGAACCACCAUCUCCUGGGAUGGACAGGCGAGAGUGUCUGCCUGGCUGGCGACAGUGCUGGGGGUAACCUUUGCCUGACGGUGUCCAUGCGGGCUGUGGCGCAUGGCGUGCGUUUGCCCAACGGCAUCAUGGUCGCCUACCCUUCCACGCUGCUGACAGCCUACGCCUCUCCCUCGCGCCUGCUCACCUUCACAGACCCCCUGCUGCCUCUCAGUGUGCUGUCCCGAUGCCUCAGCGCCUAUGCCGGCUUGGAGCCGCAGGUGGAGAAACAGGUGGAGAAAGUGAGCACGCUUGGCAUGGUGAGGAAGGACACAGCUCUGCUCCUGAGGGACUUAAAGCAGGGGGCGUCCAACUGGAUCCAGGCCCUGCUGGACCCGAACCGGGCCUCCACCGACACGAUGAGGAAGAGCGUCUCAGAGGCCAGCAUCAGUUCCUCGCACUCAGGCCCCGUGCAAAUCUCUCUGCGCCAGGAGUCGCUGAAGAGCCAGACCUGCCUGGACCUGAGCUCCCAUAGAGACCCCAACCCGUCCCUGCCCUCAGAGCACGGGGCCAAGGACGUCAGCUUCUUCCUCACAACGGAGGAUGAGCAGUUGGGCCUGAUGUCCCCGCCCCCUGGUGGCCCAGGCGAGCCAUAUUCCCAGGAAUUCCCUGAGGGUUUUGAGCCGCUGCGCUCGGAGCGGCUGGCUGAAAUGAGGGUGCAGAGCUCACCCAUCGUCCGCAACCCCUACAUGUCCCCCCUGUUGGCCCCAGACAGCAUGCUGAGAGGUCUCCCGCCCAUCCACAUAGUGGUGAGGGCUCCACCACCUACUGUGCUGGGAAAGUACGUCAGAGGAAUCGUCAAUACAAAAGAGGAUUGGGUUUUCCUCACAAGGUUCUGUUUUCUCACCGAUUUUGGAAGACUGGACUUCCGCUUCCGUUACCCAAAGUCCCGCUGCUGCCAGAAUAUCCUCCUGUACUUCGAUGACAAUUCUCAGUGGCCAGCCGUCUACAAGAGACCCGACAAGGACUGUUACCAGAAAGAGGCAGUUCUCAGGCCUGAAAACAACCAAGUAAUCAACCUGAGCACUCACUACACCUGGUCGGGCUGUGUGGUGGAGGGUGAGGCCGGGAAUGAAACUCUCAGCUGUGCGGGUGGGCGGAGCUUCCGCAGUGUCCGAGAGAGGUGGUGGUACAUCGCGCUUAGCAAGUGUGGGGGAGAUGGCCUACAGCUGGAAUAUGAGAUGAAGCUGACCAAUGGGCAGUCUUUCUGGACCCAGCAUUUCUCAGCAGAUGAAUUUGGUAUCCUGGAGACGGACAUCACCUUCCUCAUCAUCUUUGCCGUUGUCUUCUCUCUCUCUUGCUACUUCGCUUACACUCUGAAAGGACGACAGCUUCUCCACACCACCUACAAGAUGUUUAUGACGGCCGCUGGAGUGGAAGUCCUUAGCCUUCUGUUCUUCUGCAUUUACUGGGGGCUUUACGCCAAAAAUGGAGUGGGGAACGGAAGCCUGAAGAUACUGGGGAAAUUACUAUUCUCUGUCAGUUUCCUGGUCUUCCUCCUGAUGCUGAUUCUGCUGGGAAAAGGAUUCACUGUGACCAGAGCGAGGAUCAGCCACAGCGGCUCUGUCAAGCUGUCCAUCUACAUGACUGUCUACACCAUCACCUACGUCAUCCUGUUCAUUUAUGAGGCUGAGUUCUUUGACCCAGGUUGGGUUCUGUAUGCAUACGACAGCCCAGCCGGCUAUGGCCUGAUGGGCCUGCAGCUGCUGGCCUACGUGUGGUUCUGUUACGCCGUGCUGGUGUCCCUCAAGCACUACCCCGAGAAGCAGCCCUUCUACAUCCCGUUCUUCACUGCAUACACGCUCUGGUUCUUUGCAGUGCCUGUGACGGCUCUGAUCGCCAACUUUGGGAUUCCACGCUGGGCACGGGAGAAGAUCGUGAACGGCAUCCAGCUUGGCAUCCAUCUCUACGCCCACAUCGUCUUUCUUGCCAUCACCCGUCCAUCGGCUGCCAAUAAGAACUUCCCCUACCAUGUCCGCACUUCCCAGAUUGGGAUCCUGCUAUCCAGUCCGGACGGCAUGGGGAGUGAGAGCUUCCCGCACCACGCCUACGGGAACAGCUCCUACCUGGGAGAUUCGCAGCCCAACUUCACAGAGCUCUUCUCUAUCCAUUCGGGCUCGGUCAAGUCAGUGGAAGAGACGGUGACCCAGAAGGUUCAAGCUGUACGAAGGAAUAGCGAACGUAAAAUCAUCACCACGACAGCCGAUUUAUCGUCCUUCCUGCCCCCCCCAGUCCCCCCACGUGUUCCCAUUAGGUCCCCCCCACCCCCCAGGUUCUCCCCUCACUUCCCCGAGUAUUUCAGCAUGCAAGGUGGGGGUGGGCUGAGCACAAUGGCAUAAAACGAAAUCAAACUAGAGAAGCUGUAUAUACAAACAAAAAGUUAGCAAGAUAGAGAAAAUGGAUGACAAUCCAGUAGGGUAACAGAGGGAAUUAAAGCAAGAAUUAAAAAAUGACAGUGAUGAGAAGCAUUUCGUAAAAUACUAAAAAAGCAAUAAUUAUUUUUCUUCAUGAGCAGACAGCAGUCUGGAUGGAUGCGGUGAUACGAAGCAAUAGCCGUAGGAGAAAUGGGGCAGAGAGGGAUUUAGAGGCAAGCCUUUUAACGUAGGGGUGGGGGGUAAAGCAAACGACUGCAUGAACACUUUUUAAAAGUAUUUAUGAUAUUCUGAUGGAAACAUGAGACAUUAAAAAGCAUAAAAAGUGUAAAUACUUGUAACCAAUUCCGAAGUGCAUAGUUGUACAAAUAGUGCCAGGCCUUCGAGCACAAAACAUUUUCAUUUUAUUUCACUGCGUACAAAAAUGAUGUCUAGAACAUCCACCUAUCAUCGAGGCCAGUGACUUUCGGGCAGCAUAUAUGCCUUGUAGUGCAUAUAUGCCAUACAAGAUAUGUAUAUAUGCCGUGUAGUGUAUAUAUAUAUGACAUACAGUAUAUGUAUACAUGCCAUGUAGUAUAUAUAUGCCAUACAAUAUAUGUAUACAUGCCAUGUAGUGUGUAUAUAUAUAUGACAUACAGUAUAUGUAUACAUGCCGUGUAGUAUAUAUAUAUAUGACAUACAGUAUAUGUAUACAUGCCAUGUAGUAUAUAUAUGCCAUACAAUAUAUGUAUACAUGCCAUGUAGUGUGUAUAUAUAUAUGACAUACAGUAUAUGUAUACAUGCCGUGUAGUAUAUGUGUGUGUGUAUGCAUGUAU